UCGAAUAGUCUGGCCACUUUCAGUUAAUGUUGAAACUUCAUUGGGCCCCAGACAAAAGCGUUUGAUACAUUUAGGAAAACCUCAAUUGUUUCCCCAAAUUGGUUCAUAGCUUCGAGACAUGACUUUAUGCGAGAGAGAUUCAUCAUAUCCAUGCGGCUUUCUUGUUCCUUCUAUCUAUGAAAACGCACCGAGAUCACGUCAUCAGGACUUUCGAAGCCCUUGCCUAUCUCGCCAAACGUUUUGAUCCCGACGGAAUUGGCUUGUUUUUCACCAACCAUCGUGAAGAAGGCCAUGGACGGGACCGGGAUAAACUAGUUCAACUCUUGAAGAAGGUCGACUUCAGUGGCCAAUGCAGUAUGGAUAUAAUGCUGACGAGUAUCUUGGAACAAAGUAGCGAAUCUAGGCUCUCAACAAGGAUAAGGCGUGCUGUUGGUAUAAAGAAAUGGCGUGUCAGCAGCUACGUGUUGACGAACGGUAUUUGGAACAAUCCGUACGACUCUGGAGCAGGCGACAUACCCCAACUCAUCAAACGUACGGUUGAGAGGAUGGAUGGAAGAGCCAAACUCGGCACUCAGUUCAUACAGUUCGGCUCUGAUCCAAUCGGUAUCGAGUGACUCGAGCAACUUGAUGACAGGUUGGUAACGGAGCACGGGGUUUACAAGUAAGUAUUUU